UACUCGAAGAGAACAGAAGUAUUAAGCGGCGUUAAUAAUAAUUAUUUUUCCAUACUGCCGCUAAAUUACUGCAGUAAAAAGUGUUAAAUGAGUCAAAUUUCGUGAAAAAACAUAAAACCGCAAACAUGAACUUUAGAUUAGUUUUAUUAAACUUAUUUAUACUUAUUUUAGUGAGAUUUUACAAUUGCGAAAACCAAGCUAAUAACAGCAAAACUUUAGUAUUUACCGUUGCAUCCGAGCCCACUGAUGGAUACUUACGUUACCUGCGUUCCGCAAAGCAUUACAACAUUCCCGUUACGACGCUGGGUCUCGGCGAGGAAUGGAAAGGAGGAGACAUGCAAGGUCUUGGCGGCGGUUACAAACUGAAUCUCAUGAAAGAUGCUCUCAAGCCAUUCAAAAAUGAUGCUGAAACAAUUGUUCUCUUCUCUGAUUCGUACGAUGUUAUUUUCACCUCAUCCUUGAACGAAAUUAUUAAGAAAUUUAAAAAGACAGGCGCUCGUGUGCUCGUUAGUGCAGAAAACUUACUUUGGCCCGAUAAAACCUUAAAAGAUCAAUAUCCCGUAUUCGAUGGUCCUGGAGGAUGGUAUUUGAAUUCCGGCAUGUACAUGGGUUACUGUGAUGCUGUCUACGAAAUGUUGAAUUCCAGUCCUCUGAAGAACACGGAUGACGAUCAAUUGUUCCUUACAAAAGCUUAUUUGGAUGAAAAAUUGCGUGAAAAGUUGUCCAUUAAGUUGGAUCACAAAUCCGAGAUCUUCCAAAAUUUGAAUGGCGCCAUAGAGCAAGUGAUGUUGCAUGUUGAUCCCGAUUCUGGAGAGUCUUUUGUGUAUAAUCAAGAUUUUAAGACACGCCCAAGCGUUAUUCACGGAAAUGGUCCGAGCAAAUUAACCCUUAACACGUUCGGAAAUUACUUGGCUGGAGCAUUUGUGUCUUCCGAAUGCAAAAUUUGCAAGGAAAAUCGUCAAACGUUGAACGAAGAAGAGCUUCCGGAGGUACUUUUGGCACUUUUUAUCGAAAAACCAACACCUUUCACCGAGGAAUUCCUCCAAAAAGUUCACGCCAUCAACUAUCCAAAGGAAAAACUCCAUCUUUUGGUGCACAGUAACGUGCCACAUCACAAAGCAGCUGUCACGGCAUUCAUUGAUGAUCAUUCCAGCGAAUACAAGACAUUCAAAUUGAUCGAUGUCGAAGAUGAUUUCAGCGAAGCUCAUGCUCGUGGAUUGGCUUUGGAGGUUGGAAAGAGCAGAGGUGUCGAAUAUCUCUUCUCGCUUGACUCGGAAUCGCACAUUGAUAAUCCAGAAACGUUGAGAUUGCUUCUUGAGGCGAACAGAACAAUAAUUGCUCCAAUGUUGAGACGUACAGGCUCGUUAUGGACCAACUUUUGGGGAGCGUUGUCAAGUAGCGGAUUUUAUGCAAGAUCUCACGACUAUCAAGAUAUUGUUGAUAGAAAAGUUUUGGGAGUGUGGAAUGUGCCGUAUGUGACAGGAGCGUAUCUCGUCAAGUCUCUUGCCUUUGAAAAGAUUAAUUUUGAGAAGAAAGAGAUGGAUCCGGAUAUGGCGUUUUGUCAAUCAGUUCGAGAUGCGAAUCUCUUCAUGUUCGUGACAAAUUUGGAAAACUUCGGACAUUUGAUCAACAACGAACACUACAACAUCAAUCUCGUUCGACCGGAUUACUACCAAAUGGCUUACAAUAAAGAAGAUUGGGAAAAACGUUACAUUAAUCCUGAAUUUUGGAAAGCUCUUGAAGAAACUGACACGAAAAAGUUCAAACAACCUUGUCCCGACGUCUAUUGGUUCCCGAUUGCCACGGAACAAUUUUGCGACGACAUGGUUGCCAUCAUGGAGGGUUUUGGAAAAUGGUCUGAUGGAUCUAACAAUGACGAACGUCUUCAGGGAGGCUACGAAGCAGUGCCUACGCGUGACAUUCACAUGAAUCAAGUUGGGCUCGAACGUCAAUGGCUCGCUUUCUUGAAGGAUUACGUUCGUCCGUUGCAGGAAAAAGUUUUUAUUGGUUAUUUCCAUGAUCCUCCACGUUCUUUGAUGAACUUCGUUGUACGUUAUCGCCCAGAUGAGCAACCUUCAUUGCGCCCUCAUCACGAUUCCUCUACUUAUACCAUCAAUAUCGCGUUGAAUCGCGCCGGCAUUGACUACGAAGGAGGCGGCUGCAAGUUCCUACGUUACAAUUGUUCCAUCACCGACACACAAAAGGGCUGGAUGUUAAUGCAUCCCGGCAGAUUAACGCACUUCCAUGAAGGAUUGUUGGUGACGAAAGGCACUCGCUACAUCAUGAUCUCAUUCGUGGACCCAUAAAUUCCCGCACAAGUAAUUUUAAGAGUAGCGAAUGACAAUAAAAACUCACGUAAAAUAGGAACGAAGCAAUUUAACAAGAGAUCUGAUUCAAAAAAAAGUUAACCACUUCUAUUAAUAUUUUUUUUAUUUGACUUUAAGCAACUUUAAUUUUUAAAAAUUAUGCCAUAAAUUGUUGAAUCUACGUUUUGACUGAAAAAUUACUGAAUGUAUGUCUCGCAACAUAUCAAAAUUCCAAAGAAACGAACAAAAAAAUGUGAAA